UGCGGUAACCGUCGCCGCGCAGUUCGCUCAGGGAAUACUUUCAACACGCUCUUAAACAUUUGUAUCGUGUAUUCACGUUCGUGGCCUGUUUUGUCAUACAUCGUCAACAUGGAUGUUUAUCUGCAAUGAAUACCAGUGACUGCGUGGACUAACUGCCAGCAAAAUAUCCCGAAGACAGCAAAAUGAUCCCAAAGCUUCUCUUAAUUAUCUCACUUUCAAGGCUGGUUGGACUUUGCUCUGCUGUAGGACCAACGUGGCUUAAGGCACACGAUCCCUCAUGCAAAACCCGGUUUUCCGCUUCUGAAACUAAGAACUGCAGGCCAGUUCGAUAUUUUUAUAACAACGAAACAGGUCUCUGCGGGCGCACCUGUAGCCAUAACGCUCCAUUCAGUACGUUGGGGGAGUGCGAUAUGUCAUGCAGAAGUGUGGUCGUCUGCUACAUCCAAAGGCGGCCUCAGCGCUGUGAUGGCAGCUUCAGUGUGAAAGUAUUCCGCUUCAACGUAAAUAAAGGAAAAUGCUAUGCUAAGAGGGGUUGCACAUACCGAGGAAACAACUUUCCAACUUUGGAAGAGUGCAUGAGCACUUGUGGCGCAGGUGCAGGAUCCUCCCAAGAAAGUGAUAAGGACGACGGAGGCGGUAGCCCUUUGGAGCAGCAGAUGCAUGUGCAGACGUCGAUUCAGCACUCGACAGUUCAAAUACCGCCAAAGCGUUACACAGCCUAUUGUGCCAGAGUUACCGAAUAUUGGAGGAGCGCCAAGCAUUCGAAAACGUAUUACAGACCAAGAACAAACGAGGGUAGUUGCUGCCACGAGUCCAGCGGAGAACCCACCACUGCCUUCAGACACUGCAGGCGAAUCAGGAAUUUCCCAACGUGAUGAACGGUGCACUGUCAAUGUCUCGAAGUCCUCGCCUUCGUGCAAGUCUUCUAUGUACCACUUCGAUCAAAAUACGCGGCUCUGCAGACGCACCUGCUCUGAUCAAGCACCGUUUCAAUCUAAAUCAGAAUGCGACGGCGUAUGCAGAAGCGUUCUAGUGUGUUUUGAUAAAAAGCGACCUCAGCCCUGCGAGACGUAUAGCAGCAAAAUUGUAUAUUACUUCGAUGCUCAAAAGGGAAAGUGCUUCGCCAGAACAAGUUGUACUCACACAGGGAACAACUUUCCGACUAUACAGGAGUGCAAACUCACCUGUGGUGCAUACAUAGGGCAGACUGGAGUCGACCAAGAAAUUGCACUGGCUCCAAGUAACGAGAGGCCAUCGCAGCAGCUGAGUGAAGGCGCGCCAAGCCAGGAGACACCACCCAGUAUUGGAAGUGAAGGAACAACUCCCGCGGAAGGCAACGUCGUGUCGCCAAAUGGCAGACCAGCCUUCACAAUUCCAGCGGUGGGCACGCCUUUGCCACCAAAUAGACCACAUGCUGGAGGAACGCCAGCCAUUUCGGAGCCGGCCAUGCCUAUGCCGCCGACAACCGGUGCCGCGCCAGCAACUCCGGAAGAAUCUAAGCCCGACACAUCAGAUGCUGGAAUAAUACCGGCUAUUCCAACGCAGGAUCACAGGUGCUCAGUUAUCGUCUCCAAAGUAACAGACAUGUCUUGCAAGUCACAGAUGUAUUAUUUUGAUUCAAGAACUCGUCUUUGCAACCCUACAUGCUCCGAAAUGGCUCCAUUUCAUUCAAGAGUAGCAUGCAUUGGAAUCUGCCGAAGUGUUCUCGUCUGCUUCGUUAAGCGCCUUCCUAACAUAUGCGGAGGCAAUCGAAACAUCACCGUAUACUACUACAACCCUCGCAAAGGAAGAUGCUUUGUUGAGAAAGGCUGCACAUACAAAGGGAACAACUUUCCUACCUUAGGCGAGUGCCAACGGACGUGUGGUGCAUUCACAGGAUUAGAAGAGCCGAGCGAAGAAGAGAGUAGCAACGGGAACAGAGAGAGCACCAAUGAGCUACCGCUGGAACAACCCGAAGAAUCUGUGAGGGAGCAGGUUCCAAGUACCACCCCUGUACCAACCAUACCACCCGCGGCUGCACCCUCGGGAACCGGAAUUGUUUCGUCAGCCCCACAAAACGAGCCAGUCACAGUGGGGCCACCGACAACCACGCUUGCAACAACGACGCUGCCAAUCACUCCGCCCUUCGAAACCGGGAUUACACCGGCAGUCCCACAUCAUGAUUCAAGGUGCAUCAUAUUUUUUCCCGGAUCGGAAAAUGAGUACUGCAAAGGUAGAAGAUAUUACUUCGAUAGUAGACGUCGUCUUUGUAUGCCUAGCUGCUCGAAAUGGGCGCCAUUUCAGUCAAGCUCUGAAUGCAAUGGCUUGUGUAGAAGCGUUCUUGUGUGCUUUAUUGAACGCCGCAAUGCGCUCUGCAAAACUCGUCGCACUAUCCCCGUCUUCUAUUACGACUUCCACAAAGGAAAAUGCGUUAACGGGAAAGGGUGCGAUUACAGAGGAAACAGCUUUCCAACAUCAGAAGAGUGCGAACGCACUUGUACUCCGAUCACAGGUGCACACGAGCCGGCGCUGGACAGCGGCAUCCACGUCAUUACAAGCCCAUCACAGCCGUCCAGUCAAGUACACCACAUGCAGUACCACCCGAAUACACCAGUGGUGCCACCCGCUCUGCCGCAUAUCUCCGUGCAUCAUGUGAACAGGCCUAUACCACCACCGUUGGUGCGCGAGGCUGAGCAUAUAAACUUGGAUCGCAGAGCCGUACCAAAGCCUCCACCGUUCAACAUUUCACUAGUGACGCCGGUUCAACAGCCGGUCACGCAGCACCAAAUUCAACCAGCCAUAGCGCAGAAGCACAGUAGUACGGUGAAGGCAUCGACAAAUACGCAGGUAGGUGACGCGGCAAAAACUCAACGGCCUAGUUGUUCAAACUGACCACCACCAGCAGCAGAUUGCAGUUCUGCCACCACUUCAACAUGAGAUCAGCCAUCCACGUGUGAAUAUGACUCCAGGAUCGUCCGUUAAAAAUCUCACGCCACAAAAGUUGACUACCUCAGCGAUCGCACCUGUCCAUCAAGAGCAUUUGAGGUCUGCAAUGUUGCCAUCGUUUCAACAGCACGUUACCCAGCAGCAUUUAAGUACACCUACGCUGCCUUUAAAUAAACAACCCUGUAACAGAGCAAAAGUUGGGUGUACCAUUACGACAACCGAUUCACAAGCAUGUAACACAACAGCAGGAGAAUACCGGUGUGCUCUCAUCGAUUUCACAGGAUGCGUCCCAAAAGCGCAUAAAAAUGCCAGUGCCACCGCAGACACAACAGGUGACGCAGCAUAAGCUAAAUUCCCAAGUUGUUUUAUUGACGGAGCAGCCGUCAUCACAGCAGGUACCGAAAGCUCGAAUAUCGUUACCUGCUCAACAAGUAGUCAAGCAGCAUAACCUAGAAACACCAAUUCAACAACCAAGCCUGCAGGAACAAACAGAUGCCCAAAAAUUAUCAGUAGUUCCACCGCUAACCACGCAGCAAGUACUGACCACGCCCACAGCAACACAAGUUGAUCACAACACCGAGCUUCUCCCUUCACCGAAACAAGUAAUCUCGCAAACACAAGCACAGACCACGCAGCAGCAAUUGAGUACAACCAUGGGCUCACCGAAUCAGCAGCUCGUAACGCAGCAACACUCGACAGGUCCCGUCAGUCCACAAUAUCAACAUUGGAGAGCACCGGAGCAAGUAAGCAGCCAGAUGUUUCCAGUUUUUCCCAGG